AUGUGGACCACCACCAGCGGCCUCCGGGGCAAGAAGCUCCAUCUGGCCAUCACCUUCACCUCCGUCGUCGGUUUCUCGCUCUUCGGUUAUGAUCAGGGUCUGAUGUCUGGUAUCAUCUCCGGUGAUCAAUUCGUCAAGGAGUUCCCUCCUCUCAGCAUCCCGACUGACGCGACCGCUGCCUACUCGCUGCAUGUCAACGUUCUUCGUGGUGCGGUCACGUCUUGUUACGAACUUGGUUGUUUCUUUGGUGCUAUCUUCACUCUCAUCUGGGGCGAGCGGAUCGGCCGCACCCCACUGCUGGUUGCCGGUGGUAUUCUGAUGAUUAUUGGUACUGUUAUCUCGACUGCGGCUUUCGGUCCCCACUGGGGUCUCGGUCAGUUCGUCAUCGGUCGUGUUGUCUCGGGUCUGGGUAACGGUAUGGAUACCGCCACCAUCCCCGUCUGGCAGUCCGAGUGUUCGCGUGCCCACAACCGUGGUUUCCUCGUCUGCUUCGAGGGCGCCAUUAUCGCCGUUGGUACCUUUAUUGCCUACUGGAUCGAUUUCGGUCUUUCCUAUGUCAACAGCUCCGUCCAGUGGCGUUUCCCCGUCGCUUUCCAGAUUCUCUUCGCUGUUCUGGUUAGUGCCGGCGCCAUGAUGCUGCCUGAGUCCCCCCGUUGGUUCGUCAUGCGCGGCUACGACAAGGAGGCCUGUGAGGUUCUGGCCCAGCUGAACGACAGCACCCCCGAUGCCGAGGAUGUCCUGGCCGACUUCAACCUCAUGAAGGCCGAUCUCAAGGCUACCGAGAGCGCCAAGGCCUCGUGGAAGACUCUCUUCACCUUCGGCAAGACCCAGGAGUUCCAGCGUAUGAUGAUCGGCUGCUCCGGUCAGUUCUUCCAGCAGUUCACCGGUUGCAACGCUGCCAUCUACUACUCCACCCUGCUGUUCGAGCAGAACUUGAACAUGGACCACCGCCUGUCUCUGAUUCUGGGUGGUGUCUUCGCUACCGUCUACGCCCUGGCCACUAUCCCUUCGUUCUUCAUGAUUGAGAAGGUCGGUCGCCGUAAGCUCUUCCUGAUCGGUUUCCUCGGCCAGGGUCUCAGUUUCAUCAUCACCAUGGCCUGCCUGAUCGACGAGAGCACCCAGAACUCCAAGGGUGCCGUUGUCGGUAUCUUCCUGUUCAUCUGCUUCUUCGCCUUCACUACGCUGCCUCUCCCCUGGAUCUACCCUCCCGAGAUCAACCCCCUGCGCACCCGUACCAUGGCUGCCGCCGCCUCCACCUGCACCAACUGGAUCACCAACUUCGCCGUCGUCAUGUUCACCCCCGUGUUCUCUGAUGCCUCCGGCUGGGGUAUCUAUCUGUUCUUCGCGCUGGUCAACUUCAUCGGUCUGCCCUUCGCCUGGUUCUACUACCCCGAGACUGCCGGCCGUGAUCUGGAGGAGGUGGAUCUGAUCUUCGCCAAGGCCCACGUUGAGCGCAAGUGGCCCUACCAGAUUGCCAACACCAUGCCCAAGCUUUCCGUCGAUGAGAUUGCCCGCAUGCAGUCCGAGCUUGGUCUCGAUGUUCAGGAGCAAACCACCGCUCAUGAGACUGAGAAGGCUGAGAUGGCUCUGAGCAGCGGCGAGAGCAGCGAGAAGAACGCCUCUGAUUAA